AUGUCGACGUAUGUCCAGUUCAUGCAGGUUCAAGCCAUCCGAGACUUUCCCCAGCCGCCUUUGGCACGCAAGCUGCGGGAAUUUCUGGGCCUUGUCAACUUUUAUCGCCGGUUCAUACCCGGCUGCGCAUCAACUCUUCAGCCUUUAGAAGCAUUACUCGCCUCAGCCAAGAGUCGCUCUGCCACUAUCAACUGGCCGCAGUCGACCACUCUUCUGGCGCAUCCGGUACCCGAUGCGCCCACUGUCCUCAUGGUAGAUGCGUCCGCCUCGGCCGUCGGCGCUGUCCUGCAGCAGCAAGUUUCCAACCAAUGGCAGCUCCUAUCUUUCUUUUCGCGCAAGCUCAAGGACAGGGAGGUGCGCUAUAGCACGUUUUCGCGUGAACUCCUCGCCGUCUUCCUAGCCGUGAAACACUUUCGCCAUUUUCUCGAGGGUCGGCUUUUCACCAUCUACACCGAUCACAAGCCGCUAACCUACGCCUUCGUGUCAUCCGGCACCAACUACACCCCUCGAGAAAUCCGCCAACUCUCAUUCGUUUCUGAAUUCUCCACUGAUAUCAGACAUAUCAGCGUCACGGACAAUACUGUAGCGGAUACCCUCAGCCGUAUCAACGCCUUGUCACGAGACCCGCGUCUUGUCCCCGACAACCUUUCUCCCUCGAAAUGUUGGCCAGUCACCAGGCUUCAGACGAAGAAUUGGCCACGCUCCGCGCGGAUCCCAAUUCGGCGCUCCGUUUUGAGGACCUGCUACUCCCAGGAGCCACGUCGACUAUCUUUUGUGACACCUCUCUUGGCAACCCUCGGCCUUUCGUACCGGUCGCUCUCCGCCGGCAAGUUUUCAACACCCUCCACGCGUUGUCUCAUCCUGGCAUACGGGCAACGCAGAAGUUGCUCGCCUCGCGAUACGUCUGGCCUCGCAUGCAUGCCCAGAUCAAGCAGUGGACACGUUCCUGCUUGCACUGCAUGCCAACGGGCCAAAAUACACCGCCACACUUCCGCACCUGUCGCAAGUUUCCUUCCGCCAGAUCAGCGUUUUGACAAGGUGCACCUCGACAUCGUGGGCCCUCUGCCGCCUUCGCAAGGGCACCGCUACCUGCUUACUUUCAUUGACAGGUUCACGAGAUGGCCCGAGGCCGCCCCUAUUCCUGACAUCACCGCCAGCACUGUCGCCGCUGCCUUCGUAUUGACCAACGUUUAUAGAUAG